AUGACGGCAACGGGAGACCAAUCGGUUCCACGCGAAGAACGGGUCCUGCUCGCCGUCAGGGCCUAUCAGCAGGGCCAAUUCAAAAGUACCCGCAAGGCUGCGGCCGCAUACGACGUCCCUCAAUCGACAGUAUCUGAUCGACUGCGCGGUGUCAUUCGCCGACGCGACGUUCAGAUGAACAACCUGAAGUUGACGGCGACGGAAGAGACUGCCCUGGUACAAUGGAUCUUGUCGAUGGACGAGCGAGGGAUGCCGCCGACAGUGGCUUACACUCGUCGGAUGGCCAACUUAUUGCUUUCGAGCGAGGCAAAGAUCCUGUCGGGGAAAACUGGGUGCGGAAGUUUGUUGGCCGCCACGGCGAAAUCAAGGCAAAGUACUCUCGCCGAUACGACUACCAACGAGCCAAAUGCGAAGACCCCCAAAAGAUCCAAGGAUGGUACGAUCGAGUCGCGGCGACGAAACAGAAAUGGGGGAUUCUUGACGAGGAUGUCUAUAACUUUGAUGAGACGGGGUUUCAAAUGGGAGUCGCUGCAACGGCGAGUCCUUACCCGGUCUGACCGGCGAGGUCGGGCAGUACUCACGCAGCCUGGAAAUCGAGAAUGGGUUACUGUGAUCGAGUCUAUCAACUGCCAAGGUUGGGCUUUACCGGCGAAGGUUAUCUUCCAGGGCAAGUUACACCAAGCAAGCUGGUACGAAUCAGGAGUGCCCGAUGACUGGCAUAUCGCCGUUAGUGAGAAUGGCUGGACUUCCGACGACCUUGCUUUGAAUUGGUUAAAGGAAGUCUUUGAUCCGAAUACACGGCGCCGUACGGUUGGUACGCAUCGACUUCUUAUUCUCGACGGGCACGGCAGUCACGUCACGCCGGAAUUUGACAAGUACUGUACGGCCAAUUCCAUCGUAGUACUCCAAAUGCCUGCACAUUCCUCACAUCUCUUGCAGCCUCUUGAUGUCGGUGCUUUUCGCCGUUGA